AUGACUGCCAUUGAUGGCCCAGAUGAGGAAUCCCCUCUUCUCCAGCCCAGAGCAGCUCAAUCGCAAAAAGGAGCGCGCUCCAACCUCUUCAUCAUCUACGCGACAUUCUUUGGUGUUUUCAUAGCCAGUGUCGAUGAAUCCCUCGUUAUCUCGACCUACAGCACCAUCGCAUCGCAAUUCCACCUCCUCUCCCAGGGCUCCUGGUUGCUCGUUGCGUAUAACUUUGGAUACUGCAUUUCUCUGCCGGUGUAUGGGGCGUUGAGUGUUUCCUACGGCCGGAAAAAUGUACUGGUCAUGGCAUAUAUACUGUUCACCUUUGGGUGUUUCGCAUGUGGUGCAAGUGCCUCUUUGGCUCAGCUUGUUUUGGCAAGAGUGCUUGCUGGCGUGAGUGGUGCUGGGAUGGUAUCAUUGGUAUCCAUCAUUAUCAUGGAUCUCGUCCCUUCUAAUGAAGUCACCAUCUAUCGCAGCUAUGAAAACACCAUCAAUGUGAUUGGUCGUAGUGUGGGAGCGCCUCUGGGAGGUCUCCUCUCAGAUACAAUAGGAUGGAGAUGGUCAUUCUUCGGCCAAAUGCCCCUGAUCAUGUUCUGCACUCUCGUCGCCGUGUACGGAUUACCAGCCUCUCUGAACGAGAGCGACCAAAAGCCGAGCCAGAAGACAUCUCGCCGCUCGCGUCUCAAGGAACUGGACUUUGCUGGAAUCGUUACCCUCGCUGUGGCCAUUAUUUGCCUACUGUUUAUCCUUCAAACCGCAGGGACUAAAGAGGAUGACAUGAUUGUGCCAACCUGGGCAUUGGGCAUAGCCUUUACCAUUGCUUUGACGGUGUUUGUCUUGACAGAGGUCUUCUGGGCCAGCAAGCCGCUGAUCCCGAUGCAUUUGCUGGUUCGCGAGUUUGGAGCCUACUGCAUGAUGCAGAUUCUCUUAUUCUCCGGUCGUUCUGCUCUCAUCAGCAACGUCGUCCCCUACUUUACGCGCGUGCAAGGCACAAGCGACUUCUUCUCCGCCAUAAUGUACGUCCAAGUUGCCGUGGGCGUCACAAUCGGAGGCGUGAUAUCCGGCUUCAUCAUCAAGCGAACAAGACGCUACAAGACCAUGAGCGUCAUCUCGAUCUGUAUCCUUAUUCUAGCCUAUCUUUUCAUCUUUCUCAUCUGGCGUAAUGGCUGCAAUGUCUGGGAAUCGCUUUUGCUGUUCGGGGUUGGAUUUGCCCCGGGCAUCCUCUUCUCGACUAUGUUUAUCGGCAUGUCGUACAGCGCGCCUAAGGAGUCGCUGUCUGUCUGUAUCAGUGUUUAUUUCCUCUUUCAGCAGUUGGGGAUGAUCAUUGGGCCUGCUGUUGGUGCGGCCUUGUUGCAGGGGGUUUUUAAGGAUAAUCUUGUGCAGCGCAUUGGGGAGAUUGCUGAUAAUAAGAUGAUCAUCAAAAAUGUCCUCAACAAUCUCCGCUUCGCAGAGUCGUUACCGGAACCGUUGCAGGAGAUUGUCCGGUCGAGCUACUUGAACGCUUUCCAGUUUCUGCCUGUUCUCGGUUUGGUCUGCUGCGGUCCUAUCCUGCCUUGGUUGGUUUAUCUGAAGGAGGAAAGGGUGGAUUAA